CCGCCGCGGGAGCCCGGGCGGGGAGCGGCUGCCCGGCCUCGCCAUGGCCACCAGCACCACGGGCUCCACGCUGCUGCAGCCCCUCAGCAACGCCGUGCGUCUGCCCGUCGACCAGGUCAACUUUGUAGUGUGCCAACUGUUUGCCUUGCUUGCGGCUAUUUGGUUUCGAACAUACCUUCAUUCAAGCAAAACUAGCCCAUUUAUAAGACAUGUUGUUGCAACCCUCUUGGGCCUUUAUCUUGCACUUUUUUGUUUUGGAUGGUAUGCCUUACAUUUUGUUAUACAAAGUGGAAUUUCCUACUAUAUCAUGAUCGUAAUAGGAGUGGAAAAUAUGCACAAGUAUUGCUUUGUUUUUGCUUUGGGAUACCUCACUGUGUGCCAAAUUACUAGAGUCUAUAUCUUUGACUAUGGACAGUAUUCUGCGGAUUUUUCUGGUCCAAUGAUGAUAAUUACACAGAAGAUCACUAGUUUGGCAUUUGAGAUUCAUGACGGAAUGUUUCGGAAAAAUGAAGACUUGACUCCAUCACAGAGGUGUUUGGCUGUAAGACGCAUGCCAAGUCUACUGGAGUAUUUAAGUUACAACUGUAAUUUCAUGGGUAUCCUGGCAGGCCCGUUAUGCUCUUACAAAGACUAUAUUACUUUCAUUGAAGGCAGAUCAUACCAACUGCAACAGUCUGAAGCAAAUGGGAAGGAAGAUACAAAAUAUGAACAAACGGAUCCUUCCCCAAAUAUAGCUGUGGCACAGAAACUCUUGAUCUGUGGACUGUCCCUAUUCUUCCACAUGACUAUUACAAAAACUUUGCCAGUGGAAUACAACAUUGAUGAUAACUUCAGAGCUACAGCAUCAUGGCCUGUAAGGUUUUUCUACCUAUAUGUGUCUCUUAUGGCUGCCAGACCCAAGUAUUAUUUUGCAUGGACUUUAGCAGAUGCAAUUAAUAAUGCAGCAGGGUUUGGUUUUAGAGGCUAUGAUAAAAAUGGAGUUACACGUUGGGAUCUAAUAUCGAAUCUGAGAAUCCAGCAAAUAGAGUUUUCCACAAGUUUCAAGAUGUUUCUUGAUAACUGGAAUAUCCAAACAGCUCUUUGGCUCAAAAGAGUGUGCUAUGAGCGAGCCACCUUCAGCCCAACGAUCCAAACCUUCAUCCUUUCUGCCAUCUGGCACGGGGUUUACCCAGGAUAUUAUUUAACAUUUUUAACAGGAGUACUAAUGACACUAGCAGCACGAGCUAUACGAAACAAUAUCAGACACUAUUUUGUUGAAUCUCCUGCUGUUAAAGUGUGUUAUGAUAUUAUAACAUGGAUGGCAACUCAAAUAGCAAUAAGUUACACAGUCGUGCCAUUUGUACUGCUCUCUGUAAAACCCUCUUUCACCUUUUACAGCUCCUGCUAUUUCUGUCUUCAUAUUGCCAGCAUUCUGGUGUUGUUGGUAUUUCCGUUGAAAAGAACUCAAAAAGGAAGUAAAAAGCAUGAAACCAUCCAGCCUGUGUGGUCCAAAACACUAGAAGAAGAAAAUCUUUUGCAAAAGAACAGUUACUCCACAACAAAUAAUAGUUUCAGUCAGAAACAAGAAAUAACCUGCAGAUAUCAAACAUUAAAACAGUGAUUAAGGAAAUACUAUGAUGAAUAUAUUUUGUAUGUUUUCAGAAACCCAUUUUUAGCACCUUUUAAAGGGGUUUGUAUUUGUUUGCAAAGAUGUUUAGUAAGAAAAGAAUGCAUUACCUAGGAAAAUCACAUACAAUAGCAAGACUGGAAACAAAACAAAUUAACCCCUCCCAUGCCAUGUCCCUGUGGGUCACGCCUUAUAUGAAGAUGUUACCAUUAUUUCAAUGGGCACUCAGGACUUGCAACGUAUGUCCAUAGGGUCAUAUGUGUGCCCUUUGCUGAAUGUACGUUGUGUAUCCCAAGGCACUGAUGGGGUGGAAUAAAAUUGUGUCAAUCUAGGAUUAACAAAUGGAAAAUGAUUUUUCCAAAUGAAUGACUUGCCUUAAACCCUCUAUUUACUGAAAUAUUGUUUCUAAGUGGGUGUUUUCAAGUUUGAUUUUACAUGGAAAGCGCAUUUCAAAUAUAUAACACUAUAUGCUAUAACGAAGAUAAAAAUAGGAAAUGCAAAGUCACUAGAAGGCUUUUGAAUCCUUAAAAGGGAAUUGCAAUAAGCAUCUCAGUAUUUGGAGGGUUUUCUUAAAGUAUCUCAAACUAUUACAGUACAUUACAGAACUGUAAACAUUGAUGCCAAAUUAUAGUUAGGUUUCUUUCAUAAAGAGUACAAUUACUCUGAAUGGAUUAAAAUGGCCCUUCUGAACAGAUUAAAAACAACUCAAGGUUCACCUUUUCCAGGGCUUGAUGGCUCUAAUAUAGUUUCCUUUUAUUUUAAAGUACCUAAACCCAAUAAAACACUGCCAAGUGGGCUUUGCAGCUAGAGGAGAAAAAGUGGCCGUAAGGCACAGAAGACAACGUGCAAGCACUGGGAUUUCAGUGAAAGUGUAGUUUUGCCCUUAAAUACCAGAAAUACUUGUUCUAGAAUAGAACUGUUUUUACAAAACGUGAUUUUUAAUACUUAAAGUUAUUUUGAAUUUUCAGGCAUCAGUUAGUUGAUGAUGCUUUCAGUAUAAAAUAGCAAAAUUACCUUGAAACUCCAGCGUGUAGGUAGUCAAAUAUGAAAUGACUAUCAUAACCAAUUUCUAUAUGCUUGAUAAUUGAUGGUCCUUUAUCCAAAGAAGUGUAUGAAUUUGAGGAAAAGUUUUUUCUUUAAAUUUUAGAUGCAAAGUUCAUAUCAUAUUUGUGGGUAACCUAAUAGAAGAAAGAAAUCCUUCAGAAUAUCUGACCUACUGAAUCAUGGAAGUGUGUCAAGGAAACAAUGCAGUGGUUAUGUCUAUUCCAGACCAUUUAUUGUGAUGAUGGUCACUGCUAGAGUACUGCUGUUAAAGGGCUACAUUUUAAUUGCUUAUAUUCUAUAUUUUCUUAUAAUUUUUUUAAGUAAACUCAAACUGUUUAUCCACAUGGGGUUUACUUUUAAUUUUAAACCAGACACAAAAUACUACCGGAGAAAAAUAAUGCAGCUUGUUGAUUAAUAACUAGCAGUGAGUGAGAAAAAUGUUGUAAUAUUUUGAACCUUAAAUUUUUCAUUGAAUACUUAGGACCAGUCAGAUGAAUAUUGUUAAUACUAGAAGUGCAAUGAUGGUCCUCAGCUUUGGGGAUACAACCAUGCAAAAAUUGUCACAGUACUUCUGGUGUACUCUCAAAGAACCAGAUCCUGAGUUUGGUCAGAGUUGUUUCUGUGCUGCCAUAGUUCUGUAUCUGGCCUUUGGCUCCUUGCCUAAAAUUCCAGGAGGAGGAUAACAUACUUUUCCAUAUAUAUAGGUUAGCACUAAUUAGUCUACACAGUUAGGAAGGGGAAACUGAAUAUUAAAUGAGAGCAAAUGAGUCUGUUUAGAUGAGCAGGGAUGUUCAUUGUUUCAGUGACAGCUGUAUUAUCUUUAAGAUAAAAUAAUCUGAUUUCUAAAUCCUUACUUUGAUUGCCCAAGUAGACUUCCCCUUACAUGGGGUCAUGGUUAUCAUAUGCCUCUUUGAAACCACAUUAUGCUUUUCUUGUUAAUAAUAAGGGAACACUAGUUUAUUUUUUGGUCAUCCUUAUUAGAUACAGAAUCAGGAAAGACAUUUUUUUGCUUUCUGUACUUGAAGGGAUAUUUACAUAAGAGAACAAAUAAGAAUUGCAAAUAUCUGGGUGGGUAAGUAAAAUUGGGGUUGAUUCUUUCAGCAUUUGUUACUGUUGAACUUAAAUUCAUCUUGUUGGUUCAGUCUCCGUAUCUACCCAAACAAACACUUUUGGAUGCCAGUACAACAUCCAGUGUGCCGUUUUUCUGUUAAUGUUCUGGUACUCUUGUUUUCUUCUUUUGGCAUGUGUGCAAUGGAGGCUUACUAAUUCUUCUUAAUGAAAUAUGAAAACAGUAGUAAACACUCCCAGAAAAUAAGCAGGUUUAGGAUAGUGCAGGCUUGUGUGUGACUUCAGUGUGAGUCAAUUCACAGGUACAGUUUCGUUCAGAACUUUUGUAUUUAGGGAAGUUAAAACAAUCAAGAAAAUAUGUUCAUGCUUUUGUUGGGCACAGGUGGCAAGAUACAUGUUUUAAACUUGGACAUGACUUUUUUUCUUCACUAUUCGAACCCAUUAAAUAAUUGCAGUGCAAGAAAAUUAUGGCAAUUAAUUCUGCACAGAAUUUAAGUGUACUGUCUUAGAAUUUACCCUUUAAAUGUAAUUUCUGAGUAUAAAAGUACUUUGAACCAAAAUCUGCUCUUCAUGUAAAUGAAUUCUCUUGGGGACUAUGGAAAGAGGCGUUUUGUUUUAAUGGCAGCACUCUGAUUUUAGUCAAACUGGGGUUUUGUUGGUUUUGCUUUCCUGCUGCUUUACUCAUUUUCUGCCUUGCUGUUGCACUGGACCCUUUUUACCCACUCAGUCAGAAAGUCAAGAGCAGCCAGCCACGAUGCUUUAGAUAAUUUUUAGGUUUUACACACAUCAUUUGAUAAUACUGCAUUUGAAAGGAUGGUGGUGGUUUACUAUUGUUCUUCCUGAGAAAAAUUGUAGAAAGUAAAUUUCCUAUGUAUGUUUUGGGCAUGAAGGAAACAUGGCUUAGUAUUCUUUCACUUAUUAACUAAUUUAUAUCCAAAAGGUAAAAGUGUUUUCUGUAUUGCAGAUCAGCACACUAUGAAAAGUAAAUACAACAUAUCAUUCAUAAUUUUAUGGUGCUUUGCAGAUAUUUGCCUAUUGUGAACAGUUCAUUCAGGCACUUAAUGAGUUAAUGUUAGUUAGUAAAUGUAGUCACCCUGAGAGUAACUAUUUGCUUGCUUAACCUUUUUUAACCUUUAUAAUUCUGUAUUAAUGAAAGAGAUAUAUAUUACAUAUUUAAAUAAUACUUUUGGUGGUGCCCACUACUGUUUUAAUCAGAAGCUUUGUUAGCUCUGCAGUUAUAGGUAUGCCCUUCUUAUUCAGGAAACUUAUUCUUCUAUGGCCAUUCCUUAAGUUGACAUGUAGACAGGAUUUCAAUAAUUGGUGACAUUUAAAAAUAUGCUCUUGAUAACAAAUCAUACUUUAGUGAGAAGACUAUGAAGAGAUCUUUGUAUAUUCCCUGCUCUACACUGUCAUAUUGUAUCAGUUUUACCAAUAUAGUAUAUUAUUUAUUAGAAGAAUUUUACACUUAAAGAACUUGUUCUGUUUGCCCUAGGGAAAUAAGUAAUGUGAAUAUUAAUGGUAGGCUUGUAUGACAGGAUGCACACUAGGUAGUUUUGCCUCUUUCGAUGGCAUUUAUUUGAUUAGUGGUAAAAUGUCCUCUGAUGCAGAGGAGACGUUUGAGAUCCUCACCUCCCGUCAAAUUCACAUCAAAAGUAAUUUUAACAGAGUCUAGAUUUUUUUCUCAGAAGCUUUGCAAACAAAUUGUUGACAAUUUGUUUAAAUACAUGGUCAAAUGUGUCUUCACAUUUGCCUGCAAAUGUAUCACUGUUGCUUAUAUGUAAACUUUCACAUGUUCAACUUUAUAAGUUGGCCUUGAAUGAUAAAGAAAUUUAAAAGCACAAGUGACAAUAAUUUAGGCUUUCAUUUCCCUUAUCCUUAAGUCUUUCAUUUGUUAUUCUCAUUGACUUCUGAAAUCAGGCUUGAAAAUUUUUCAGUUUCAGUGAAAAUUUUGAAAUAUUACCAUCCGUGUUGAAAAGUGAUCAGUGUUAGAAAAACAGAUGGAAAUUAAUUUAAGGAUUUUAAUAUGAUGCAGACUCUAUGUAUUAAAAAAUACACAUUGUUUCUGUGCUGAUUCAUCACAGCAUUUCACUACAUUAUUAGCGUUUAUAUAUUUAUUUAGAUCAAAUAAUACUUUGAGCAGCCCUUGGGAGUAUUUUUAAAUUUUCCUGUUUAAAAAAUCAAUUGGCAGUAAAUACUUAAACAAGUAUUAUAUGCUGUUCUGAAUAAGUAUGUAAGCAGAUGCUCUAGUGAAUUGAGCCUACUCUCAUAAGAUUACUGGAUCUGUCUGGAUCUCACCUAGCUUGCACUGUCAGUCUUCACUUUCUUCACAGUCAUGGUGGAAAAGCUGGCAGUGGAGAACAUGUCCCGUCUGUGGCUGGAAGGGUUUGCUACACAAUUCCUGUGAGGAGCUAACCCUCUGUGCAGAGCUUGGCAGAGAUUCUACUUGCUUGUGACCUAGCCUGCCACUGCUCAAUGCUACAUCUAUCUGCAUUUUUGAUGUGUUUGCUGUCUUAACCUAGACAUUUAGCAAACACCAUGAAAUCCAGGCAUCCACAAAGUCGCCCUGCAAGGUUACAACUGCAAAUAUCGCAACACUUGGUUGUUAUGGUCAAAAUGAAAUGAAAACAAAAUUUCUUAAAGACUUGUUUUGAGAUGAGCUUUUUGUAGGUUUUUUACAAAAUGUAGCCAUCAACUGUAUCAAUUUUCAUCUCAUUAAAUAUUUAAAACAUAAUUUGCUCAGUUUAGGUAUACAAAUUUGCAAAAGCAAAUUUUGCCGCUUCAUCACUGUCUGUGCAUUAGUUGUGUGUCCAGUGACUUAGCCCCCGUUUUGGUUUUAGAUGGUUUUAGAUUUUCUAAACCCAUGUACAUAUCCAUAUAAUUUGUGUAAACUUUGAGUUGACAAACUGUAGUUACAUACAGCGUGCAUAAAUACACUUAAAAUAAGCUAUAUCAAUAUUCAGAUGAGGCUGGUGUUGAGCCCUCCAGUUGUACAUUACAUCUGAAGGCUGUGGGGCUCUGUUCUCAGACUACUAAGCUUUCUGCUUCCUAAGGUGAAAAUAGAAUCUGUUGGUUACACUAAGUGGCAAGGAAAAGGGUUCUUUCAUUCUGUUGCAAAACCAACCUUUACAGGAUAUUCUCCUUCAGGCUAUGAAUAGAAAUCUUGACUUCAGACUGAGAUCUGAGAUAGGGCCACAUUCAGAGGAAAUUUUUUAUAUUAGUAGUGACUCAGUCCAGCACCUUACUCCAAACACCUCCUGGCAAAACAGACCUCUUCACAAUCUUCUUCCUUCCUUUCAUUCUCUAAGGGAUAAAUACCCCAAGCUAGAUUUCUUCAGGUUUCACUGCAAUAUGUCAUAUGAAUAGGUAGCUGUGGUCCAUGCUCUAGUCAGAUUCAAGACUGGGACAAUAUAAUCUGAAAUGAAAAGCAGAGAAACAGGGUGCCUAGAGACCAGUAAUUGGAAUAGUGCAACACUACGUAUUAAUGGUGCAACAAUUGUCACAAUAAGUUAAGGAGUAUUUGCCUAUGCAUCUUUUGCCUUUUGAUGUGUUUAUCAGUUCUCUUUACAUCUUUUCUUUGUAUCUUCUUUUGUCCAGUGGUAUUGACUAUUUCUAUGAAGAAUCUGCUGAUGUGUCUUACUGUGACAAAGGUGUCAAAAUGCUACAAUAGUAAUUAGGUAGUUAUUCUUAAAUCCCAGACCUCAGAUGUGUUCUAGAUCAGUUAGAAGAGAACAUUCAAAAUGUAUUGGGUGAAAAAUAGUGUAAGAUGGGUAAACAUAGCAUUAUUCAAAGAUGUUGUAAUAAGUUAUUCAAUUUAAGAAUUUAAAAUAUGGAACUUUGUUCUUUCCUGCCUUGGUUACACAUUCAAGGGAAUAGUUUUACCUCAAUGCAGAAGUAGUUAUGCCUCCAACCACCCGUAUGUUAAGGUGAGAGAACACCCCUAAAAAGUGGAUAGCUACAGUGUUCCUAAAUUUGCCUUUCCUGGUUCAGAUUAUAAUACAUUGUCGGUGAAUUUCAUUUUUAUUAUUCCAAAAUAUAUAUUUUUUAAAAAGUGUUAUUUUUCAACAGAUCCAUAAACUAAGUGUUGGUGUAUGGUAAAAUUAAAAUACCACUGUUAGUUACACUGUGAUUGUGAUAUUUUAAUAAUUACUUAUUUCUAAUUUGUCUCAGCAGUGCUGCAGAAGCAGCAUGCUGUUAUGUUUUAAAGGUGUUUUUAACUUGCCUAUAAAUGUUUUUUUCUAAUUUGUGUCUUUAAAUCUGAUUAAACUGUAGUU